CAUGCAUCACGAUGCAUGAAACACAUCAAUUAAUAUCCAGAUCCCAAAAUGCAACUAAUAUCCAGAUCUAGUACUUGGCCAAUGCCACUCUAUAUAUAGUACGAAGUAUAGAAUUAAUCAGCAAGCUAGCACGAAGAGAGCAGAUCCAUUCGAGGCGUGGACGACGGAGAUGGAGACGAAGAAGCCUCACGCGGUGUGCGUGCCGUUACCGACGCAAGGGCACGUGACGCCGUUGCUGAUGCUGGCGAAGCUCCUCCACCUCAAGGGCUUCCACAUCACCUUCGUCCACACGGAAUACAACCAUCGGCGUCUGGUCCGGUCGAGGGGCCCCGAAGCCGUGGAGGGCCUCCCGGACUUCCGCUUUGCCACCAUCCCCGACGGGCUGCCGCCGUCGGACGCCGACGCCACGCAGGACCCGGCGUCCAUCUGCUACUCCACAAUGACCACCUGCCUUCCCCACUUGAAGAAGUUGCUGCGGGAGCUCAACGGCACGGGGGCGGCCGGGGUGCCGCCGGUGACGUGCGUCGUGGCGGACAACGUGACGAGCUUCAGCGUCGACGCGGCGGCGGAGCUCGGGGUCCCCUGCGCGCUCUUCUGGACCGCCAGCGCCGCCGGUUACAUGGGCUACUGCAACUUCCGGUUCCUCAUGGACAAGGGCAUCGCUCCCCUCAAAGACGAAGCGCAGCGGAGGAAUGGAUACCUGGAGACGCCGGUGCCGGAUGCUCCCGGGAUGAGCCAGCGCAUGCGCCUCCGGGACUUCCCCUCCUUCAUCUGCACCACGGACCGCGGCGACGUGAUGCAGAACUUCUUGCUGCACGAGGUGGAGCGGACGGGCCGCGCCGCCGCAGUCAUCGUCAACACCUUGGACGAGCUGGAGCGGCCGGCGCUGGACGCCAUGCGCGCCGUCCUGCCGCCCACAUGCAGGGUCUACACAAUCGGCCCGCUCCACCUCCUGCAACAGGAGCAGCUGCUCCCUGGGAUACGCGCCAGCCUCUGGCGAGAGGACCGCUCCUGCCUCGAGUGGCUGGACGGCAGGGAGCCCGGGUCCGUGGUGUACGUCAACUUUGGGAGCAUCACCACCAUGUCCGGCGAGGAGCUGGUGGAGUUCGCGUGGGGCCUGGCCAACUCCGGCCACCCCUUCCUGUGGAUCGUGAGGAAGGACCUGCUGGCGGCGAAGAAGGACGACGACGCCGCCGUGCGGCUGCCUCCCGAGUUCGUGGAGGCCACCAAGGGCAGGUGCCUCCUGGCGAGCUGGUGCGAGCAGGAGGCGGUGCUGCAGCACCCGGCGCUCGGCGUCUUCCUCACACACUGCGGCUGGAACUCCACCUUUGUGGCCAUCAGCGCCGGGCUGCCCAUGCUCUGCUGGCCAUUCUUCGCCGAGCAGCAGACCAACUCCCGCUACGCGUGCCUCGACGAUGAGUGGGGCGUCGGAUUGGAGGUCGGCGAUGAGGUUCGACGCGAGGUGGUGGAGUCCAGGAUAAGGGCGGCCAUGGGGGGCGACGACGACGGUGGCAACAGGUUGAGGCGCAAGGCGGCCGAGUGGAAGGAGAUGAGCGCCCGUGCUGCUGCUGGCAGGUCCAUGGCCAACCUUGACAGCCUCAUCAACGAUGUUCUCAUGCAACCUCCCCCCAAGCCGGCAAUUCCAGAUUCAUCAUCACCAUGCUUGGAAUAUGAAUGGAAUACAUCAGGUCUUUCCCUUUAAUUAUUACUGUAGUUUUUUGUUUGGAAUUUUAGAAUAAGCAAGCCAGCAUGCAGGCAUGUUUAAUUUCCUUCCCUAUAAAAUAAUAAUGCACACUCUUUUUCUUUUCAACUACUCAUAAGUAGUAGUGAUGAUGUACUGGUAUGAGAAAUUAUCAAGUGUGGAAGCAUGGAAA